CAAUGCUUAGCGCGUAACGGCUUCCCCGAAUGUUGAAACAGGAAGUAAACAAUUCGAGCACCUACAGAGACAAGUCAUGCAUGCAGCUCAGCCUGUAGGAAUAUAGACGUCUUCCCACCACCACCACCACACCAUCCAGUGUCCCCUGUGUGUUCCCCAGACUCUGUUACGCUUCUCAGCAUGGAGCUAGCUUGUGACAUAGAUAUUUUAUAAUAAAUAAUAGUGUAUAUAUUGUCUAACAGCAAGAUCAUCAAGGUGCCAGUGUUUCCUAGAAUGUAGUUUAAUGUAGCUAUAUAUACAUACUGUAUAUAGCGUAGUUAUUUAUGUAAUGUAUAGAUCCCUGUUCAUUUAGUCCCCCGUGUAUUGGCUGUGCGCCCUAUCUUCUGUAUGCUCACUCUUCUGGCCGUGUCUUCCUUCGUGUUUGUGCAUUGGCGUCGGUGCAGGAGCGGCUCACGUGAAGAUGCCGCGUUUCAAUGUGGACGUGCGGCUCUUCCCAUCGCCAUGGCGAUGGAGGCCGAGUUGGAUCAGUACGCCAAGGAAGUGCUGGACUUCAGCUCGCAUUAUGGUGGCGAAGGAAGCAUGUCGUACACGAUGUGGAACGCAGCCGGAGCCCCCAGUGUGUUCCCGAGCUCAGGGGACUUCACGCACACGGCUGUGUUCCGCACGUACGGACGCUGGUGGGAGGACGAGCGAGUCGAGCAAAGUUUCACCCGCAUGCCACGCUCCUUCCACAGCCGAGAUUUCCUUGAGGUGGCAUUCGAGGAGCAGGUUUUCCCCACCACCAUCACCGUUCUGGAGACGUACCACCCUGGAGCCAUAGUCCAAAUCCUCGCCUGCUCACUUAAUCCCUACGCAGAAAACCACACUACUGAUGUCAGAUGGGAGGUGCUGUGGGCAGGGGAACCCACCAAAGUCACCAGUCCUCAGGCGCGUCAGUUUUGCCCCCCCAUCCGUCAAAUUAACUUUGCCACUAAUUUACUGCGUUUGGAAGUAAACAGCACUCUACUGGAUUAUUACACCGAGUUGGAUGCCAUUGUGCUACGCGGUGUGCGCAGCCAUGUCAGCAGCAUCACCACGCCCAUCAUCACCAACACCACACCCAACAAGGACAGCGACAAGCCUAGCAACGAUGUCAACAUGUGCAACGGCUACUUCGACAAACUACCAUAUGAGCUGACCCAGUUGAUUGUGAGUCACCUGGCCGUGCCAGAUCUGUGUCGUCUGGCUCAGAGCUGUAAGCUCCUACAGCGCCACUGUUAUGACCCGCUGCAGUACGUUCAACUCAGCCUGCAGCCAUAUUGGUUCCGCUUGAGCGAUCUGUCUCUGGCACACUUACAAUCCCGCUGCGCACUCCUGCAGCGCCUCAAUAUGUCCUGGACUGGAAACAGAGGAGCUGUCACGGCCAGCGGAUUCUGCAGUUUUAUCAGAGCAUGCGGCGCGAGCCUGGUGUGUUUGGAGCUGUCCUGUUGCCACUUCCUGAAUGAAGUGUGUUUGGAGUUGAUCGCACAGACAUGCGUGAGCCUUCAGGAACUCGAGCUUGCAUCCUGUGACCGUCUCGAACCUCAGGCCUUCAACCACAUCGCUAAACUCACACAUCUGCGCCGACUCGUCCUGUACCGCACCAAGAUUGAACAAACAGCCAUAUUGAGCAUCCUGACUUUCUGUACUGAGCUGCGACACCUCAACUUAGGAAGCUGUGUGAUGAUUGAGGACUAUGAUGUAGUGGUGAGUGUGUUGAGUGCCCGUUGUCGUUCCCUCGUGUCUCUGGAUUUGUGGCGCUGCAGGAGUCUGAGUGAGCGCGGCCUUGCUGAGUUGGUAUCGGGCUGCAGCACUUUAGAGGAACUCGACCUGGGAUGGAGCUCCGCCUUCCACAGUGGCUCCACCCUCCACGGCGGAUCUGCCUCAUUUAGACAUGCAGCACGCAGACUGAGCCGCCUGCGCAGACUUUACCUCACCGCUAACCGCAAUAUCUGUGAUGCAGAUCUGGAACACAUUGCAACACACUGUCCUGUCCUGGAGCACCUCGAUAUACUGGGUACACGGUUGGUGAGUCCGGCUGCUUUACGCAAGCUGCUCCAGUCGUGUCCCCGCCUUCGUCUGCUCGACGUUUCCUUCUGCUCGCAGAUUGAUACACGGACCGUACAUGAGCUCAGCGCACUUUUCCCAAAAGUCUCCAUCAAAAAGAGUUUCACCCAGUGACCCCAACCUUUAAUUCAACUCACUUUGAUGACAUUCUACUCAAUGGACACUAGGACCCCGUGGUCUGGUGCUCACAAGGUGGACACCACAAUGAGCACAAACAAGAACCUGGAACUCCAUGAUGUAGUGGGUCAAAGGAGAUGCUUGAACACACACACACACCCAGCACUCAGGAGCUCAGCACCCUCUUAUCUAUUGUGUUUAUUUGAAAUCAACCAUGACCUUUGACCUGAUUUACACACUAUUUUUUGUUUGUUUCAAAUUUCUAAAAAUUUUGAAUCUCAGGUUUUUUUUUUUAAUUUUGCCUUUAUCAUUUACGGAUAAUCCCAAUUAAAAAUCCUUCCAGCCAUAUUCAAAAAUCCUAAAUCAGUGCUCUUUUAUCCACUGCUUUAAUCUUAGUUUUUUUUUAAACUGUUGCGUUCUGAUUGGUCGAGAGCAGCAACUAUAAUAAGUUGUCCAUAUCUACCUCGCAAUGCAGAGUAAGCGUUACUUGCCGAUUGCUCGAGCAGCGGCGUGUGCUUCACUAACAAUCCGAAGUCAUUUUAACACUCCGAUCGUUUCCUUUUAAAGGUCAUGUCUCAAGUGGGUGGAGGUGAAGAUAAAAAGAUUAAGCAUGCACAAAUCAGUACUACUCUUUUUUCCCCCCUUUUUUUUCUCACAAUUUUCCACAUUAUCGUUAAAUGUUUUCUUUUUAUGGUUUGCUACAUGUAACUCUGCCCCCUAGUGGACACAUUUGCAUUAUGUCUGAAUUCCUGCUCACGGUACCUGCAAAUCCUCACAGAUAUGAAGAUGCAGAAUUAUAAAUCGGACCCAAAUCCUAGUGCAAACUACUUAGUUUUAACCAGUCAACAACUAAUUUUGGCGCUCGGUGACUGUUCAGUAGUACAAUUUUCUCAUUCUGCAAAUGAUCACCAAGGCUCCCAUUUGUUUUUUUUCCCCAAGCAUGUUUGAAUUGAUGAAUUAACUCGUGUGAACCCCUCUGCGCCUAGCUGCAAGUACAACGAUGAGAAACGGCCAAUGAGAGCCUGAGAGGAAAUCAGAUUCAUCUACUAUAAUGUGCAGCAGAUCCCCGAAUCCAGUUUAUUAUCUCUUUGUUUGUGUAGGAGUGAGAGAGCAAAAUGGAAGCGCGAUAAUAAUUCACAAUUAAUCGCCAAAGGCAAACUGAAUACCGCGUCAGGGUUAUUAUUCACCGAUAUUCACUGAGCCUGAGGUGGAUAAUUGUUUUAGUAUAAAUACACAAGUGAUUUAUUUAAAAAAAAAAAGUAUUAAAAAAUCAUUUAUUUAAAACUUCAAAUGCAGCAUGCAAAUGUAAUAAAGGCGGCACGGCGCAGACUUGUGUCACUUAUCUACACCGAGUCACAUAAAAUACUUUGUUUUGAAACAGAUAAAAUAAAUCACAGUUCCACCUUACCUUUUGAAAAGUUUUAGACCAAACUUUGUAGCAUCUUUAGUGCUUUUAGGAACAGCAUUUUCUUUGAUCAUUUGUAAUUCUUCCUCACUUAUGGUGACAGGCGACAAAGCCAUUUUGCUGAGUCACUCGAGGCGAUUAUCAAAAAAUAAUCUGAAUUUCUCUACCAAUCAGUGCACAAUUUCCUGUAAUUGCCUGUGUAUUUAUACUAAAACUUAAUAAUAUUUGUUAGGUUAUAAAAAUAAAAAGAAGCAUGACAUGAAUCCUGACUAUAAAAAGUUACCUUUUUUCUUGUUUUUCUUACAUAAUAGUGGCAAAAUGGGUGGCACGGUGCUGUAGUGGUUAGCACUGUCACCUCACAGCAAGAAGGUUCUCGGUUCGAGCCCAGUGGCUGACGGGGGCCUUUCUGUGUGGAGUUUACUUGUUCACCCCGUGUCUGCGUGGGUUUCCUCCGGGUGCUCUGGUUUCCCCCACAGUCCAAAGACAUGCAGGUUAGGCUAAUUGGUGGCUCUAAAUUGACUGUAGGUGUGAAUGUGAAUUGUUGUUUGUAUGUGUCAGCCCUGUGAUGACCUGGCGACUUGUCCAGGGUGUACCCCGCCUCUCACCCAUAGUCAGCUGGGAUAGCCUCCAGCUUGCCCGCAACCCUAUACAGGAUAAACGGUUAUGGAUAAUGGAUGGAUGGAUGGAAUUUGCAAUUCUGAAAAUUUGAAAGUCGUGUGGCGGCACGGUGGUGUAGUGGUUAGCGCUGUCGCCUCACAGCAAGAAGGUCUGGGUUCGAGCCCCGUGGCCGGCGAGGGCCUUUCUGUGCGGAGUUUGCAUGUUCUCCCCGUGUCUGCGUGGGUUUCCUCCGGGUACUCCGGUUUCCCCCACAGUCCAAAGACAUGCAGGUUAGGAUAACUGGUGACUCUAAAUUGACCGUAGGUGUGAAUGUGAGUGUGAAUGGUUCUGUGUCUGUGUGUCAGCCCUGUGAUGACCUGGCGACUUGUCCAGGGUGUACCCCGCCUUUCGCCCGUAGUCAGCUGGGAUAGGCUCCAGCUUGCCUGCGACCCUGUAGAACAGGAUAAAGCGGCUAGAGAUAAUGAGAUGAGAUGAGAUGAGAUGAAAGUCGUGUCGUCAGCAGACAUUUUGGUGGAUUUCAAGACCAGGCUCCAGGUAUUUACUGAAAAAUGAAGGAACCUACACCAAGAAGCUUUCAUUGUCGUACUUAAACCUAAAUAUUUUAUUGAUAGCUCAUUCGACACUGUAAUACUGAUGGGAUCCAAUCAGGACUGACCUGCACCACAAACACUAUCAGCAACACUAACAGGACAAAUACUAAACUAGACAUCUCAAAAAUACAGCAAUGGAUAAUAAUUCUUUGAAAAUAAUGGUUCACAGGAAAAUUAAAAGUUUAAUCAGUAAUGAAAUAAAUUUAUCUCUUGGACUUCCAGUUUGUGUUUCAAACUCAGCUCUGUGUGUUUCAAACUGAUUGUUUAAUUUAUGUUUUGUUUCCUAAGAAUUGAAGAUGAAGUGUGAUGGAUUAUUUAUUGAAGCUAUGAGAUAACACGUGCCAUCAACAUUGUGUGUGCGUGUGUGUAUGUAUGUAUGUAUAUAUAUAUAUAUAUAUAUAUAUAUGUGUGUGUGUGUGUGUGUUCUUUAUAUGGUCAUUGAUUUCCUGCUGAAUGCAAAACAGUGUGUCAGUGCCUUAUAUUGAAGAAGAGAUACUGUGUAUGUCUGUCUGAGUGCAAUAAAUAGGAACAAUAUGGA